CCGGGUGCCCCCCGUGCCCCCCGGUGCCCCCCGUGCCCGGGCAUCGGGGGCCAUGCGCGGGCAGGGUCCUGGUCCGGGUCCCGGCCGCUGAGCGGGCGGAUGGCCUUCAGGAUGAUGAAAAAGAAAAAGUUCAAGUUCAAGGUGGAGUUGGAGCUGGACGAGCUGUCCUCCGUGCCCUUCGUCAACGGGAUCCUCUUCUGCAAGAUGCGGCUGCUGGACGGGGGCAGCUUCGUCGCCGAGUCCUCCAGGGAGGUGGUGCAAGCAAACUGUGUCCGCUGGAGGAAGAAGUUCUCAUUUAUGUGUAAAAUGAGUGCUAGCGCCACUUCGGGCAUUCUAGAUCCCUGUAUCUACAGAGUAUCUGUGAGGAAGGAGCUGAAAGGUGGAAAGGCCUAUGCAAAGCUGGGCUUUGCCGACCUAAACCUAGCAGAGUUUGCUGGAUCGGGAAAUACUACUCGGCGCUGCUUACUGGAAGGUUAUGAUACCAAAAAUACCAGGCAGGAUAAUUCCAUUCUAAAAGUUUUUAUCAACAUGCAGCUCAUGUCUGGGGACCCGUGCUUUAAAACGCCUCCUUCCACGUCAAUGUCUCUGCCAGUUGCUGGUGAAUCAGAAUCUCUACAUGAAGACAGAAAGGGUGGAGAAACUCUCAAGGUCCAUCUUGGAAUAUCAGAUCUGUCAUCAAAGAGCGCAUCAGUCCCAGAUGAACUUGGAGCCUGUGGACAUUCCAGAACGUCAAGCUAUGCAAGCCAGCAAUCCAAAGUGUCAGGCUAUAGCACUUGCCACUCAAGGUCAUCUAGUUUCUCUGAGCUUUCCCAUAGGAGAAAUACUUCAGUGGGAAGUGCUUCAACAGGAGUUGAAAGUAUCCUAGAGCCCUCUGAAGAAAGUGAGCAAAAAGGAGUUGACCCUCUCCCUCUCCCGGACGUAUCUGCCAGACAAGACGCAUCUUCAGAAAAACUCAGCAGGCACCCAGUGAAGCAAGACUCGGUGGAGUCUCAGUUGAAGCGGGUUGAUGCCACUAGAGUGGAUGCAGAUGAUAUCGUGGAAAAAAUAUUGCAGAGUCAAGACUUCAGUUUAGACUCCAGUGCAGAAGAGGAAGGUCUGAGAUUAUUCGUGGGUCCUGGAGGAAGUACAUCCUUUGGAAGUCAUCAUUUACCAAACAGAGUGGGUUCUGGAGCUUAUGAGCAAGUUGUGAUAAAGCGCUAGAAGCAUCAGAUUCCUGAAAUGGAGAUUACCUGUGAACUUUCUGCAUGGAUAUUGGACCAGACAUGUCAUCUAAGCUGUGGUGAAAAAAUCAACUUCUGAAAAAUCAGAUGACUUCCUUGCAACAAAAAGCAAAACAACAUUGAUCAGUUUUGUUGGUUUCAGUGCUUCCCGCCAAGAAAAGGCACCACCCUGCUUCAGGGGUAGCAAAACAAUGAGGAGUAAUUUGGGCCUUAUAAGUGUAGCAGCCGUUGAUAUGAAUCUCAAAUGAUGUUGGUGCAAUAUUUCCUUUGUCUCUCUAGGUGUGAACCAGUAACAUCGAUGUGGGUUGGCAGGAUGGAGGCAGAAAUGAUUCUCUCUCUCUCUCUCUCUCUCUCU